AUGCAGUGCGCGCUCCGCGGCCUCGAGCACAGCUGCCGCAGGCGCUCCUGCGGAGAUUUGCUCCUUGUUGAGGUAGUACGGCGGGGUAGCUAUACGCAGCGCUCGCGAAAAUCCGGUGUCUGGGCGUCAAAUUCAUUGAGUUUGGCCAUAACGUUGUCUCCCUAUAUGCAGACGUACGGUCACAGCAAUAUUUUGCGAGCGUCGCGGGGGCUCUCGACCACACUGGGUCGAAUCGGCUGUGCCCUGGGCCGAGUCGGCGCGAGUAGCACCAGCGCUUUACCCGAGAUGACGCGUGCAGGACUGCGUGCGCCGUUUGGGAAAGUGUGCUGGCUAUCAGGGAGCAGCGUGUCGGCGCCCGCGUCCAAACUGUGCGUCGUGACGCUGAAUGGGGCGGAUCGCCGCGGCAUCGUACAUAGGUUCACUGCUGAGGUCUCGAAGCACGGCGGCAACUUUGAGGAGUCGCGUAUGGUACGUUUGGGCGGCGAGUUUGCGAUCAUGUCUCUACUGACGGUAUCCACGGAACGACUCGAAGAACUGCGCAAAGCUCUUGAGGGGGCGUUCCCGGAUUACAGCGUGACUUGCCGUGAGACUCGGGAAGAGCCGGUGGUCGAGACAGACGUGCGCAUGCUCGAGAUCAGUGUCGAAGGCCCCGACCAGCCAGGUAUCGUUCGCAGUCUCACAGAGGCGUUGGUCCCAUUCCAGGCUCACAUAGAGGCUAUGGAGACGGAAACUGUACCAGCGCCAUUUGCCGGAUGGCCCCUGUUUCGUCUGAAGGCCCAGGUAUCCGUUCCUCGCUCGACUUCCGUUGGAACUCUAGAGGAGGCACUGUCCCGUGAAGUCGAGGAAAAAUUUGAUCUACUGGUGGAUGUGAGCUCAAUCCCGGUCCGGAAGCAGCGUAACUGGCCUAAGAAACCAACUGGUCUCGUGGAUGUAGCGGCAGAUGCCCAGCAUGCAACCUAG